UUACCUCCUAAUAUGGCACAACUGAGGAAGAAUGGUGCCAUUCAGAGUCCUAGUCCAUGAUGAGCUGUCUGUAACUGCAAUAUAUGGAGCUCUGGUCUUCAGUCUUAUCAAAGCUGGCCAGAUGCUUGUGAACUGAGGCUUAAACAACAUGGACAUUGUUUGAAUCUGUGUUUAGUUUGUCACUUGUGGUCAAAUAAUUUUAAUGUUUAAUUGUUUUGAAGGCUUUGAGCUGCUGGGAGGGCACCCCUGCAUCCUCACCACACAAGACAUUCAUCUGGGAACCAACGAGAGUACCGCUGACACAGCAAGAGUGCUGUCUGGACUGACUGACCUGAUCCUAGCCCGGGUUUACAACCAGUCCACGAUCAAGGAGCUGGCCAAAGAGGCUUCUGUCCCGGUAAUCAACGGGCUGUCAGACCUUUACCACCCCAUCCAGAUCCUAGCAGACUUCCUCACCCUUCAGGAGCACUGUGGGUAUUUAAAUGGAUUGACGGUGUCAUGGAUUGGUGAUGGUAACAACGUGUUACACUCUUUUAUGAUGAUGGCUGCAAAACUUGGCGUCCAUCUUAGAAUUGCUACUCCAAAGGGAUAUGAGCCUGAUGCUAGUGUAACCAGGGAAGCUGAGAAAUUGUCAAAAGAGGUAGGUACCGAAUUGUUCCUUACCAACAAUCCUCUGGAAGCGACUCGUGGGAGCAAUGUGUUGGUGACUGACACCUGGAUAAGUAUGGGCCUAGAGGAGGAGAAGGAACAGAAACUGAAGGAUUUCCAUGGUUACCAAACUACCAUGCAGACUGGAAAGGUGGCUGCCCCGGAAUGGACAUUCUUGCACUGCCUGCCCCGCAAACAGGAGGAAGUGGAUGACGAGGUCUUCUACUCCCAGCGCUCUCUGCUCUUCCCAGAGGCAGAGAACAGGAAGUGGACAAUCAUGGGCCUGAUGGUCUCCCUGAUAACUGAGUACACACCUCAGACACCGAAGCCAAGGUUCUUAUACAUGGAGAAGAGAGAACAAUAGCUCUUUACAACAGAAUCUUCUGGAUGAUGUGUUCCAAAACAUCACAGCCUUUGAUUUUAAGUAAUUGUAGCUAACAAUCUAAUUACGGAAAUCUUAGCAAUUUUGCAUUUCCAUUAGCUACAUAGGUUUCAGAUGUGCAGUUUUAAAAGAAACACGUGUUAUUUGAAUUUUAAAACAGGAUAUCUUGUACUACUUGAGGUUAAAGGAAGCUCUGUUUCUAUGCCUUAUUCUUGGGUUAUCUGUUUGCGCUUGUUCUCCCUGGGACAUUUCACUGACUGAAAGCAUGUUAGUCAAUAGGGGAAGCAGCUGAUUGGUUAUUCGAAGGAAAGGGGUGGAGACAAUUUUGCUUUCAGUGACCCAGGAAGCACAAGACAGUCAGAAAGCAUGGCUUCCGAACAGGUUUUCUUUAACUUAGUGUGGUUAGUGUUUUUUACUUUUUUAAAACACAACUUCCUCAGAACCCUUUUUUCCCCGUUUAAGAUGUGAUCUUUUAUUAAAGAUCACAUUCUGUAAUUCAAAUUGUGACAUUUAUAGCGUGCCCGCUUACUAUAGCGAGAAUGUAUUAAAAUAGUUUUGCAUUUUUA